CAGUCAGCUUGCAAGCGGACCAAACGCGUUGAAGAACAUCUAUUGCUUCACAAGAUGAUUAAGUUCUUGUGCGUGUUAUUAGUACCGGUGGCCAUAAUUCACGUGGCGAGGUCCCAAGGUUUUGGUGACGGACCAGGAGGAAGAAUUGUUGGACCUACUGUUGGAGGAAGACCUGGUGGACCUGCUGUUGGAGGAAGACCUGGUGGACCUGCUGUUGGAGGAAGACCUGGUGGAUUGCUUGGUGUUGAAGGAAGACCUGGGGGAUCGCCUACUGUUGGAGGAAGACCUGAUGGACUUGCUUUUGGAGGAAAACCUGGUGGACCUGCUGUUGGAGGAAGACCUGGUGGACCUGCUGUUGGAGGAAGACCUGGUGGAUUGCUUGGUGUUGAAGGAAGACCUGGGGGAUCGCCUACUGUUGGAGGAAGACCUGGUGGACCUGUUGUGGAGGAAGGCCUGGUGGACCUGCUGCUGUUGGAGGAACACCAGGUGGUCUCGGAGGCGGGCCAAGUAGUCUCGCUGGAGCACAUGUUGGCUUCGGGGGCGGGAGGCAGCUCAGGUCGGCGGACCCGCAGACACGGUGACGACCUGAGCGGGAGAAGGCCGUCAGAACGUCCGGGCGCUCUAGGUUGCGCCAGAGGUUGUCCAAGUAACGACGGCCGGCUGGGCGAAUCCUCCCCAAGAAGGGGAACGGGUGAGAUCGAGAUCAACGGAUAAGGAAGUUUCAGGAACACCCACUGGGGGUAUCGGCAGACGUCGAUGUUUACUUCCUUUUCAUACUAUCUACUACAAAGAAAGGACAACACAAAUGUAGAAUUAACCACGACUAAUCGUCAUAAUUCAAAACUUACUAAAACAAUCAAUGCCAUGAUCUUUCAUUUACUGUUCAUACCAAUACAAAAAAAAAUUAAAAAGAUUUAGAAAAUA